AUAGAAUAAUAACUAGCUGAUUCAUUAUUCUAUGGUAAAAAUGAAACAUCAGUGCUUGUCAGUGCAUACUGCAUUUCUAAGAUUGUCGGAAGCGUCGUCCCCUUGAUAAAUGAUAAUUGUUAUUUCGUGCAUGUUUCAACGUGUUUCGCGACUCGUGGCUUUUAAUGUGGAAAUUGUGCAUGUGUAUAUGUUGUUUCCUGUGUCUGGAUCAAGCUCCUGUUUCUUAACUUGACUAGAGCCGUCAUCUUAUUUAUGCUCCGAGAGCUCUGCCAGGGGAUGGGAACUUUGGUUAGAGAAGUAAUAGACGUAGCUCGGGAUAGCCAAUGUAUGAAGCAACCUGUUUGAAGUUUAUCUUAAACCAUAUUUCUUGGAGGCUUACCGUCUAAUUUACAAGGAUGAUUCAUUCAUUUUCCGUGGUGGUAUGCGAGCUGUAGAAUUCAAGGUUGUCGAAACAGACCCAUCACCCUACUGUCUUGUUGCCCCGGACACUGUGAUCCACUUUGAGGGUGAUGCUGUCAAGCGUGAGGAGGAGGAAGAAGCGUCCAGUGCUGUAAGUUACGAUGACAUUGGAGGCUGCAGGAAGCAACUAGCUCAAAUUAAGGAAAUGGUUGAGUUGCCAUUGCGUCAUCCUUCUCUAUUCAAAGCUAUAGGAGUGAAGCCACCGCGUGGUAUUUUGUUGUUUGGCCCACCAGGUACCGGAAAAACACUCAUCGCCCGUGCUGUUGCUAAUGAAACCGGUGCAUUCUUUUUCCUCAUCAAUGCUGGUGAAUCUGAGAGCAAUUUGCGUAAAGCUUUUGAAGAGGCAGACAAACAUGCUCCAGCUAUCAUCUUUAUCGAUGAAUUAGACGCUAUUGCGCCAAAAAGAGAAAAGACUCAUGGUGAAGUUGAGAGGAGGAUCGUCUCGCAGCUUCUGACACUCAUGGAUGGCUUAAAGCAAAAUUCUCACAUCAUUGUUAUGGCAGCCACAAAUCGUCCUAACUCCAUCGAUGCUGCGUUGCGUAGAUUCGGCAGAUUCGACCGUGAAAUCGAUAUUGGUAUUCCAGACGCAACUGGCCGUCUAGAAAUCCUGCGUAUUCACACCAAAAAUAUGAAAUUGGCCGAUGACGUUGACCCAGAACAGAUCGCAGUGGAAAUUGAUGGUCAUGUGGGUGCUGAUUUGGCGUCCCUCUGCUCAGAGACAGCUCUUCAACAGAUCAGAGAGAAAAUGGAUCUUAUUGACUUGGAAGACAAUCAAAUCGACGCUGAAGUCUUGAACUCUUUGGCUGUUACCAUAGAAAACUUAAGGUAUGCGAUGAGCAAGAGCUCGCCGAGCGCUCUGUGUGAGACUGUCGUUGAAGUCUCCAACGUCACUUGGGAAGACAUCGGAGGUCCGGAUAAUGUCAAGCGGGAACUCCAAGAGUUGGUGCAGUAUGCUGUUGAACAUCCUGACAAGUUCUACGGUAUGCAGCCGUCUCGGAAUGUGUUGUUCUAUGGACCACCAGGUUGUGGUAAGACAUUGUUGGCCAAAGCCAUAGCCAACGAAUGUCAGGCUAACUUCAUCUCAGUCAAAGGACCGGAGUCACUCACCAUGUGGUUUGGUGAAUCAGAGGCUAACGUCAGAGAUAUUUUUGAUAAGGCACGUGCAGCUGCUCCCUGCGUAUUAUUCUUUGAUGAGUUAGAUUCUAUUGCCAAAUCAAGAGGUGGUAAUGUAGGAGAUGCAGGUGGUGCGGCCGAUCGUGUCAUCAAUCAGAUUCUAACUGAAAUGGAUGGUAUGGGCGCUAAGAAGAAUGUCUUCAUCAUUGGAGCUACGAAUAGGCCCGACAUUAUUGACCCUGCAAUCCUCAGACCGGCACGUUUAGAUCAGCUAAUUUAUAUUCCACUGCCUGAUGAGAAAUCGCGUGAAGCUAUUUUCAAGAGCAACUUAAGAAAGUCACCUGUUACUGGUGAUGUGGAUCUAAUGUACAUAGCCAAAGUUACCCAUGGUUUUUCGGGUGCUGAUCUGACUGAGGUGUGUCAAUGGGCUUGCAAAUUUGCCAUCAGGUAGUGCAUUGAAGCAGAAAUCAAGAGGGAACGGGAACGUGUGACCAAUCAACAACAAGGAGUAAUGGAGAUGGACGAAGAUGACCCAGUUCCAGAAAUCACUAGAGCCCAUUUUGAAGAGGCGAUGAAAUUCAUUGGGCGGUCGGUGACGGAUAAUGAUAUCAGAAAGUACGAGAUGUUUGCACAGACUCUACAACAGAGUAGAGGAUUUGAAAAUAACUUCAAGUAUGUUAAUUACUUAUGUUCCAUCAGCAUCAACAAAAGGGUAUGAAAAAUCAUUUUUCAUUAAAUUUUCCAGGAUCUGAAGGAUUCCGAAAAACCGUGGAUAACUUUAGCUAUGUUCGUUCGAUCUACAUCCUGAAAACAUUAACAAGUUUAAAACAAUAAUUUUUUCUAACAUCAACAAAAGGUUGACAAUUUUUUAGUAUUCAUUGAAGAAACUAUUGAGAAACUUGAUAAUGAUGAAAAAUCUAGAAUAAUACUCAACGUUUUAAAGAUGAAAUGGAGGCUUUCCAAGUUUAUUUAUGCUUCUCCAAACAGGAGUUGCCAAUUGCCCUGCUGAAAGAAUAAUGAACUGUUUUGAUUCGAAAAUUUCUGAACGUCUUGUGAAAAUCAGGAAAAAUUUUCUACAGAAUUUUCAGGGUCAUCCAAAUCCAUAUCACUAUUUUUCCGUUAGUAAGGAUGCGUCUACUUCAAAUUCUUCGAAUUUUGACCUGCUUCAAUAGACAUUGAGGCAAGUGCUUAAAUUGGUCCUAAAUUAUUUUAUUGCUUGCUUAAAAAGUAGUCCUGAAUUAUUUUUUUUUUUUUUAAAAAAAUGUAAAAUUCAACAAAUGUUAAAAACAAACAGUUGUAUGAAAAAUAAUUUUGUAAGAGACUUAACUUAAAGUAAGAGAGCUGCAGAAAAUUCAAGCUGUCAUGUCAAUAAAUCAGCAAUGAAUUCUUUGUUAAUUUUAUUUUUUAACAAGAUUUCGAUUUCUCUUUACGUUCUGUGUAUUGAUGUACAGUUCUUAAAUCAGAUUAAAUUGUUUUUAGAAGUUA